CACAACACGUGCGCCCUCCUCUCUCUCGCAACAGUCAAAUAAAUUCAAUACACACCGAAGGAAUUUGCAAAAAGAAAACUUAUUCCGGUCAUUCUGUUAAUAAUCAAUUAUGGUAACAAGAAAAAGGCCAAUUAAGCGCAGCGCUCAGGUGGCUGCCAUAGACAACGACGACAAUGAAAACCAGGACCAGGACCAGGAUGGCGUGCCACAAGCCAAAGUGCCGAAAGAGCUGCUGGUAAUUGCCCAGGAGGUGAAAAUAGUGCGUGCGUUGGCCUGCAAUGACUUAACGAAGCGCAAUCGCCAGAUACGUAAGCUGAGGAAAUGGUUUCAGCUGCGCGCAGUCAGUUCGUUUCCCUUCACAGAGGAUGAUUUUAUGAGGAUUUGGAAGGGUCUGUACUACAAUGUCUGGAUGUCGGACAAGCCAUUGGUUCAGGAGGAGCUGGCCGAGCAACUUGCCCAAAUGGUGGACAGCUUUGGCGGCAACACCGCCUGCAGUCUGGCCUAUUUCAGUGCAUUUAUGCGAACAAUGUGCCAGGAAUGGUUUGGCAUCGAUCAGUGGCGUAUGGAUAAAUUUCUGAUGCUUGUGCGUCGCAUGCUGCGUUAUAUGCUGCGUCUAUUAAAGAAGAGCAAAUGGUCUCCAGAAUUGAUAAAGACAUUCAAUGCUACCAUGGAGCAAUCUGUGCUCGCGGAGCAACCAAAGUCCCGUGGACUCACCAUGCACUACAUGGACGUAUUCUUUGAGGAGUUGGCCAAGGCGGCAAAUGAAGAAAUUACCGCCGCCCAGGUCAAUCUCUUCCUCAGGCCGUUUGUACACUAUGUGGGCACACAAAGGGAUGCCAAAUUGGUGGCACAGUGUCGCACGCGAGUGCUUUAUCACUUGCUCUAUCAGAGUGAGCUGGGCCGAGAAUACAGCGAAAAAUAUAAGGCAUGGAAGGAAAUGGGUUUUCCCACUGCUUCAAUUGACGAUGUUGAGAAACUCGACUCGGGUUUCGAUGAAGAAGAGGAGGAGGAGGAAGACAAACAGCCGGAAUCCACAUCCCUGGAUCCACGUGCGGGAAAUGUGGAUGUACUUAUGCCUGAGUUGCCACUUAAUGCUGACUGCGUGCUGGACGAGCUGCAGACGCUGCUACGGACCCAGGACUACAACAGCAAACGACGCAAAGGACUCCGCAAAUUGGUCCACAUCUUUGAGACGUAUGCUGGUGGUGAAUUUCCGUUGGGUGUGCGCAAUAUGCCUAAACCAGAGGGCACUACACUGGCCGAGAUGGUGGAGCAGAAGAUUGCAGAAGCAGAUGACUUCGAAGAGGACACCUUUGGCGUUGGGCGCAACCUUAAGAAAUUGAGCAAGUCCAAGCGCAAGCGUCUUCUGAGUUCCAUAAAUUUUGAAGAGGUCGAUGAGGAAAAUCUGGAUGAUGUUCUUGCUAAAGCCAUGUCGCCCAAGCUGCAGAAGCAAGUGAAACGUAACGAGAAGGUGCGCUCCAGCAUAAACAAUGCCUGGGUAGUGGAGAAGGUGGACGAGAACGAUGAGCAACCAGAACCAGCUGAACAGGCAGCUCCAGUCAAACAGGAGGCAAAGAAGGCAAAAAAGCAGACUAAGCAGAAGGAGGAGCAAACCAAGCAACAACCCAAGCACAAGGAGGAGCAGCCAAUACCGAAAGAAGAACAGCUCAAGCAAAAGGAGGAUCAGUCCAAACAGCAGCCCAAGGAGCAGUCCAAAAAGCAGUCCAAGCAGCAGCCUAAAGUGGAACCAACCGUAGAUUCAUCCAAGGAAGAACAACCUACAACUGCACCUGCUGAAGCUACUCCGAAGGCAACCAACGGUUGGAAUGAGCCACUGCAGCCUGGUGAACAGGAUUUCUUUGUACCCGCACGCAAGGUGCAACUAAAACAGGCCAACAAUAAACUAUUGCUAAAUCCACUCGCUGCGCAGAGCACGCCCAAGAAUCCAGUACAACGUCUUCGUAUGGGCGCACCACAAACGGACAGCGGCAGCAAAAGAGUUCGCAUUAUGACCAAGUGCAAUAGCGCCUAUCCAAAAAGUGACUAUUAUCGGCAGUUGAAGCUGUCGCCACAGUUGCCAUACGAUGCAAAUCGACAGCCUGGCAAGAGUGCUUUGAAGCCACAUGUCCUUCCUGGACCCAUCAAUCCCAACUAUAAGAAACCCAAACGACUAUUCAACGAUACGCUGUGACGUUGCAUUAACUGGCUAGGACUGGAUUGGACAGCGUAAUGCAUGGACUGAUAUUGCCUGAGAUUGACCAGUAAACAGAUCCAGAGAUGACCACCUCUCUCCUCCCCCCCAAUUCUCAGCAGCCCAACACUGUCCAUUCGAGUGGGCAAUAGAUACAAUUCUAAUGGUCUUUGCUUUUAAUGGAUAGUCUUGCUAAUCAUAAUGAGACAUUAAUUUGCAUAGUAAAUACAAUAUAUUAUGUACGAGAUAUUUUCACAUAUAUACAUUCAUGUAUGCUUCUUAUGUUUCCAUAUCAUUUUGCUUGUAGAUUACUUUUUUGUUCAACAUGCGAAACAAUUUGAUUUCAUUUUUAAGUGGAAUAAAACUAAACUAUGUUAAAAUGGUAAAAA